AUGCCUCGAGUUGCUGUGCAAAGCUUGCGGCAAGUCACGAACAACCCCCACCAAUGGACAUUUCCCGCCUUGGUUCUUGCUGGCCGACGAGUAGGUGGAUAUAGAUAUAUUUCACUGCAAGCGACACCUUCAACAGACAGUAGCAAGAUCGAAGUAAUUGGGAAAUCGACAUCGGCUGCGUCACCCGAUGCUUCCUUUGAAGUGCUUGGAAGUCCCUAUUCGCUGUUAUCCGUUAACCUAUCUCCAUCCCAAGACCUCUGUACUCGUCGAGGAACACUAGUGGCCUUUGCUGGCGAACCGGACAGCACAGUCUCAACUCUGCGGAUUCUCAAUCCACUACGGCGAGCCCUGGUUGGGAUUCCUUUCCUCUACCAAAAGGUUACUUCAACCGCUCCGAUCAAUGCCCUCAUAUCGACCAAAUCCCCUUUGACCUCAUUCGCGAUCUUGCAACUAGACGGUACAUCUGAUUGGAAAUUAGCACAAAGAAAAGCGUUGCUAGCGUGGACCGGGAAGACCUUGACUGUCACGCCUAGUUUGAACACAAAACUAUCGCUGGCAUACUGGGGAAGCUCCGACAUCACUGGAAGAGGUUUGCUUGCCCUGGCAGGCCAAGGGCAAGUCUACUCAAUAGAGCUCGCUGAAGGUGAAUCCUAUGUUGUGCACCCAUCCAAUGUCCUUGCAUACACAGCGUCCUCACCAACACCUCCACCACAACCUUACCGGUUCAAAUCGACGAAUGUCCGCUUCCAAAUCCCACUACAACUGGGCAAUUUCUUCCCAUCAUCAAAAUUUGUCGAGACAAUGAAAACAAGCAAAACCUACAAAUUCAUCGCGAACUCCCUCCUCAGAAUCCGCACUUGGAGUCGAAGAACCCUUUGGGGAGACCGGCUUUUCUUACAAUUCCGAGGACCAACCACACUUCUAAUCCAGAGUCGUGCAACAAGAGUUGGUGAUGUGUUGUCGGCUCAAGAAGUGAAUGAAUUAGCAGACGCCCCGGCGGGCGUUGUUCAAGAGGCGAUUACAGCUUCACAAACACCAAAAACCCUUGGAAAUGCGGCAGGGACGUCGUUGCCAGCUUCACGUCAGCAGGGAAGACUUUCUGUGGCCAGUAUUGGUUCUGAUGGAAAGGUUUCAUUUGUACCAACACAAAAUUCCGGUCUGAAAACGAAAUAG